AUGUACGAAUUUCUUCACGGAAUCGCGGCUCUAGUGCUGCUAGCUUACACGGCAGAAUUCCUGUUCAGUCUAAGCGACGACCCUCGCGAGCCACCCCGAGUACGACCAACGAUCCCGUUGAUCGGACAUGUACUGGGCAUCAUGAGAGGAGGUCCAACAUACUACACCGAGACGGGUAACUCAACAUCCGCAGAGAUGCACUCUCUGGGCAUAUUCAAUUACAAGAUUUACGUUAGCACCUCGAGCCGCUUACUCCCCAUGAUUCAAAAACAAUCCAAGAGUUUAUCCUUCCGACCGUUUCUCCAAAUAACGGCCCGUAAGCACGGCGACGCAUCGGACAAGACGUACGAGAUAUACGGUGGCGAUUUGACAUAUCAUCUAAGCCACGCAGUGCGAACCAGUCUUGCGCCCGGACCACAUCUAGACGAACAAAAUCUAAGGAUGGGCAAGCGUGUCUUGAUCGAAAUUGACGACUUGUUGAACCGUGGCGGACCAUUCGAAGCCCGAAACAUUCAUUUACUUGAAUGGAAGCGGCACCUCGUGGUUCAAGCAUCAAGCUGCGGUGUCUACGGCGACCAGCACCCUCUUCUUGAUCCAAAGGGAAUGGCAGAAAUAACAGCGCAUCUAGCGGGCCUAGAUAUAUUCGGAAAGAGACACGAGCAGCGCAAAGUCGUCUACGAUGCAUAUACAAAGUACUGUCGAGAACUGCCAAACGACGGAUCCGAACUGGCUCGAGAACACAAGAGGGUCAUUCGGGAAGCUGGCGUUGACGAGCUCGACUACGCAAAGCAGGCGUCGCUAUUUACCAUUACUGUGUUCAGCAACACGGCACCGACAUUCUACUGGACGGUCUGGGAGGUAUUCUCUAGACCCGGUAUCCUCGCCGAGAUCAGAGACGAGAGACCCAGCGAAGGCGUCAUGUCAACGCUAGCUUUUCGCAAAGUCAUGACGGACACUAUGUUAGAUGGCCGGUAUCUUCUCAAGGCUGGCAACUUUAUCCAAAUGCCCGGGCACCUCAUCCACAGUGACACCAGCCUCUGGGAAGAGAAAGGUGCUGCGGCUUUGCCGCCCAGCGGGUUUGUGGCAUGGGGAGCACCGCCGCAUUUGUGUCCCGCCAGGCAGUUUGCUACCGUUGAGGUAUUGAUUGCGACGGCGCUGCUGGUCGUGAGGCCUGAUUUGCAACCGCAUGGUGACGCGUGGGAUAAGUUCCCGGCGCUGAAUUACAAGGAUUUGUCUACGUUGCUGAAUCCCCGCAAGGACGUUUGCAUUUCUGUUGGUGUCAGCGAUAACUGGGUGGGAAAGUGGUCUUUGGAGAUGGGAGAAAGCAGAAGUCGCGUUCCCCUCGCGUCGGGAUAA